GACGCCAUCACAGCCCAAGAAUUGCGCUUCCGAGCUCGGUCCAAGUCCGUCGUCAAGGCGAGAGGGAGGGAGGGAGGGAGGGAGGGAGGAGGAGGAGACGAUGAGGAAGCGAGUAUGUGAGGCAGGUCGAGCUCGAGGCGCCAAAUUUCGAGCGAUUUCUGGUUACAGUUGGUGCAGCGCGGAGGUGGAUUGGAUCGUCAGCUGCACUCGAUGGCUCCGGUGGCCCUCUGAUCGUGACAAGGAGGAGGAGGCGUGCGAUUGUACGUGAACUUUACAAAACAUUGAGUGGUGAGCAAAAUUUCCAGAGCAUCCAUUCCAAGAGGUCGAGUACGCGGGUUGCUGGCAUCCUGUCAGGAAAUUGAAGUGACCGAAGGCAGGGGAAAGCAAAUCGUAAGCCACACGAUUUCUGCAAAGUGAUGGCCUGGCUCUGGGCUCUGGUCGCCUUAGCGCCGGCAUUCGUCUUCUUGAUUUGGUGUUUGCUCAGUCCUCGACCAACGAGAAUAUCUUUGAGAUCACGCCAUGUGGUUAUUACUGGGGGUUCCAGCGGCAUUGGAUUGUCGAUGGCGAAGUUAGCGGUCCUGGAAGGCUCUCGGGUCUCGAUUCUUGGCCGGAAUACAGAUAAGCUCACAGCUGCCUGUCAAGAGAUAGUCAGCUAUCCAGAGACAGUGCAGAACCUCGCUGAUACUGCAGAACCGCUCGCAGUAUUCGGAAAACCUCAGGUGUAUGGAUACAGUGCAGAUGUGAAAGACUUCUCCAGCGUUGAGAAGGCUUUAACUGAAGCUGUGGAAAAAUUAGGACCAAUCGAUGUUCUUAUCUGCUCGCAUGGAGUCUCAACUCCGGCUAGGUUUGAAGAUACGCCUCUGGAUAGCAUGUAUCACAUGCUGGACACCAAUUUGAAAGGCAACCUUCAUUGUCUUAAGGCGGCCAUUCCUCACAUGAAAAGCAGGAUCUCGGAAGGUCCUGGCUGCAUUUCCAUCGUCAGCUCACAAGCAGCCCAGGUAUCUCUGUAUGGCUACUCUGCAUAUUCUGCAACAAAGGGUGGUCUGCGUGGCCUGGCCGAAGGUUUGCAGCAAGAGCUUUUGGAGUACAACAUUCGUGUGUCGUUGAUCUUUCCACCAGAUACUGAAACUCCAGGUUUUGUCGAAGAGAACAAGACGAAGCAUGAACUAACAGUUAAGCUCUCCGAAUCAAGUGGAGCCAUGGAAUCAAUGGAUGUAGCCAAAGCGGCAAUACAUGGUUUGAAGGCUGGGCAAUUUUCUAUUACUUGCAACUUUGAAGGUCUCACGUUGAGUACUGUGACGGCUGGCAUGUCCCCACAGCCAUCUCUUGCACACGCAUUGUUCGAAAUUUGCACCAUGGGAAUUCUCCGAAUAGUCGCCUUCGUUGUUUUAGCAGGCUGGUACAAGACUAUUGGGGAAUUCAAUCGCGGUCAAAGGAAGUAAGCAUAUCUGCCACUGUUGUAUUAGGUAGAUUUGGUUUUCGUGAAGCUGUAGAAGAGUAAUAAUGACGUUGAGGCCAUCUGUCUUUGCAAGAGCGUUGUUUGAUGGUACCAAUAUGCCUUGGCAAUGGUUUUACUGAAGAACUUUGUAGGCAUCCAUUUAUCAAAGGUCUUGAGGUUGUUCGUGCUUAAAAAGGGCCCUUCGGACUUCGAUUCUGGUAUUUUAGACGUCCUUAUUGGGGAUAUUUGUUGAUAUCUUGCGACGACCUUUUUUCAUCAGUUCUAUGUUGACGGUGCUUCAAGAUAUCCUGCUUAACAUGAAGGUUAUCACGAGGCUCUAUUGUCUAGUCUUGUGAUUCACAUGAUAGCAUCUAAGGGCUACUCAAUCUGGGUACGUCUAUGUACAAUUUUGUUCUCCGGCUGUACUUGAACUAAAUUGAAUUGUGUU